GCACAGCGCCAGCCGCCCACCACCAACAAUGCCAAAAUCCCCUCCCUCUCUUGGUCUUUCCUAUAUAGCCGCAGGAGAGGGCGGGGGAUCGGAGCAGGUGAUAGGGGGGAAAAUCGGGAAGCCUUCGGAGAAAAGAAAAGGGCAACCGAGACCGUGAGAGAGGGGAAGCGGGGAGCCUUGUCCGAUCCGGUGCAGCCCGCGCGUCAAACUCCCGUAAAAAUUCCUCCCUCUGCGUUUAGCUUGACGUCCGUCGAUUUAGGCGUCUCUCUUGUCUUCGCUCGAUUCCGCCGUGGCUUCCGUGUCGGUAGAUCGGUUGCGUGGGAUGGCCGUGGUGGGAUAACUGUGGCAUAUGAUCCCAAAUCUUGAUCCACUUGAAGUGUUCAGUACAUUCUGUAGUUGGUUUCAAGAUGACAAGUAAGAAAAGUAACAGAUCUACAGUCACACCACACACUGCUCUGCAUAUGGAAUGGGACAGGAUUUCUUGCCCUAUUUGUAUGGAGCAACCCCACAAUGCUGUUUUACUUAUAUGCAGUUCAUACAAGAAUGGCUGCAGAUGUUACAUUUGUAACACAAGCCAUCGUCACUCUAAUUGCCUUGAUCGGUUCAGAAAAAUGAAUGGUGAUAGUAAGACGUUCACGGAGCCCAAGACUCGGAAGACAUGUUGAUAAUGAGGGAUCUUAUCAUACCGAUGUAAACAGUGGCCCAAAUCCAGAUGACAUAUCUAGAUCUGAAUUUGAUUUCGCUAACCAUCAAGAAUUUGAGAACUCAACCUUAACUGUUGAAGGUGGUAUUGUAUCGGGGGAAUGCCAUGAUGCCAUGCAAAGUUCUGCUGAAGUUAAGUGUCCUCUCUGUAGAGGAUCUGUAUCUGGCUGGAUUCCUGCUGGAGAUGUGAGACAGUAUCUAGACAAUAAGUUGAGAACUUGCUCUCAUGAAUCCUGCAAAUUUACUGGAACCUAUGAACAACUGCGUGAACAUGCUAGGACUGCACACGUUCUUACAGAGCCUGCUCAUGUAGAUCUGUCCAGGAAAAGAGCUUGGGAUCGCCUUGAGCGUGAGCAGGAGGUCGGUGAUGUCAUUAGUGCAAUCAGGUCCCAGGUACCUGGGGCAAUAAUAGUUGGUGACUAUGUUAUUGAGACUAGAGAUGACAUGUCCCCAGACAUAGACUCUGGCGACGAUGAAAGUAGUGAAUGGUGGUCAGACCAAGUUGAAUCACCAGAUGCUAGACUUGAUCCCCCAAGGGUUUGGCCACAUGAAGCCCUAGGGUCACCUAGCAUUUGGUCAGAUGAAAGGCGUAAUUUGGCAAGGAUACCACAGAACAACAGAGUACCACCCAGGUUUUCAUUAGGCAGUAGGCGACCCCUGCAUUCAGGUUGGCAGGGGGGUCGUCGGUCAAGCACACGGAAUCGACUGCAACGGGGCUUCUCAAAUCACCACUCUGGACACCGUAGCAACUAUCGUGGACAUCGUCACUUGCUUCUGGAUAGGUCCUAUGUUGGUACCCGAGAUUCAGGCUCCGGCAGGAGCCUAAAUUCGUCAGUGGUGCCAAGCAGGCGGCAGCGGCUGCGGUACACGCACAGAAGCCACUACUGAUGGAAGCAAUAUCAGUUCUACGUGUAGAGCUUUAUUGGUUAAUCCAUUCAUGCUAUCUUUGUAAAUAUAUGUUAAGGUUAUGUUUUUAUUUAAUGUAUUUAAUCUGUCUAAACAAUCUAUCCUAGAUGCAAAAAGAACUACAUUAUUUAUCAUAAAUGUCAUUUGUGGUGUCUCUGCAUUUCUUU